AUGCCCUGGCGUGCUGGGAGCGGGCUGGAAGGAUCGCGGCCCCUCCUUGCUCAGCAUAGAGAAGUUUCUCAUGGCCUCUCAGCCACCCGGCCUGCCGGCCCUCCCAGUGGCUUCUCCAGGCCCAGGCUGACUCCCGAGCCAGGGAAGGGUGGCCCAGAGGGCGCCCUGGGUCCCCAGGGGUCAGGCCGCAGCCAGGCUGCAGCCCUCAGCUCCUGGUGGGGCCACCGUGGGCACAUGCGCGAGCUCACGAGGGCCCGGGGGCCCGGUGCCUCCAGGGCUGGGAGAGCAGACGGGGCACAGGCCAGGGUGCUGAAGGGUGGGCGGGCCGCCAGAGGCGGGGCUGGUGCCUGGGGGGUCCCGGCGGUGCCACCGUGA